AUGCCGAUCCUAGCUGAGGGAUGCAAACCCUCCCGGUACCUCCAGGAUUUCGACGAGCUGCGCAUGUUAGGCAAGGGAAGCUUUGGUACUGUGCAUCUUGCUCGAAGUAGAACAGACGGAUGUCUGUACGCGAUCAAGAGGAGCAAUGCAGACCUGAAGAGUGAGAGGGAGAAGAGAGAAGCACUGAGGGAAGUCUUCGCCAUGGCUGCCCUUGCUGGUGACCUCCUCCGUCCUCGGACCAAGAACGUGGUCAGGUAUCACAACGCGUGGCUUGAGAACCAGCAGCUCCACAUCCAGAUGGAAGUUUGCGAGUGCACCCUCCACGAAAAAUUUGUCGCAGCUCACGUGCGGGUGGAGGAAGCGACGCUGGUCGCUGUCCUCCACCAGAUCGGGAAGGCUCUGCGCACCAUCCAUGCUCGAGGGCUGGCGCACCUGGACGUGAAGCCGGACAACAUCUACUGCAAGCAAGGACGGUUCCUCUUGGGCGACUUCGGCCUGGCGUUUGCUCAGAAGACGCUGAGCGAGGGGGUCGAGCCCAUGGAAGGCGACGGCAGGUACGCGUCUCCUGAAGUCAUCCAGGGCUUCUCCCAGCUCGCCCCGUGCGACAUCUACUCGCUGGGAGCGACUGUGCUGGAGCUUGCGCUGGAGAAGCGCCUGACUCUGAGCGACGGAGACUACAAGGAGAUCCGAGCAGGGGCAGCAGUGCAGCUCCCCUCGAGGUCCAGCGAGCUUUGCGGUGAAGGGCUCGGGAGGAGGAGGCGCAUCUCUUAUGUGACCCUGCAGACCUGCUGA